AUGGCUCUUGGCGUUCCUGCAGUGGUGGUUUUAGAUCAUGGGAAAGAUGCUGCCAUAGCCUUGUGGCUCAGGCAGUCUGACUCCAGCACAGUUUUAGCCCAGCUCUCUGGUUUCCCAGCAGCUUUUGGCAUUAAAGCAGUAACCAAGAAAAAAUUUGGGAGCAGCGACUUCCGAUCAGCACUGGAGAAUGGCGUUCUUCUGUGUGAACUGAUUAACAAGAUCAAACCUGGUGUUGUCAAGAGGGUCAACAGACUACCUACUCCUAUUGCUGGACUGGACAACCUUAACGUCUUCCUGAGGGCCUGCGGGAAGCUCGGACUAAAGGAAGCGCAGCUGUUUCACCCCGGAGAUCUUCAAGACUUGUCCUCAAGAGUUACAGUCAAGCAUCAAGAGACCAGCAGAAGGCUGAAAAAUGUAUUGAUCACCAUUUACUGGUUAGGCAGAAGAGCUCAGUGUGACUGUUUCUAUAAUGGACCUUACUUGAACUUCAAGGCAUUUGAGGGCUUAUUGGGCACAGCUCUAUACAAGUCUUUGCAGGAAUCUUCAGUCAGAAAGGCAGCAACGUCCGAGACAGCGGGUUUUGGAGAUAUGUACUCGGAGCGAGAGGAGCUCUCCCAUCUGAGAGGAGGAGGAGGAGGAGGUGGACACAGGAGAGACGACUCCCUGGACAGCUUGGACUCACUGGGUUCCCGACCCCACAGCAUCUCAUCUGACGCCACUCUUAAGGGCAGCAGCGAGGGUUGUUGCAGUGAUACCGAGGCAGACUCCGUCUUCAAGACUGAGAACAAGGACAAGGUCAGUUACCGGCGGUCGGCAGUCAUCACACCGAGAACCACCGCCCUUAACCAGUUUCUGCCCACUAAAGACAAAUCUUCAGGCUACGUGCCUGCUCCAAUAAGGAAGAAACCCGAACGUAAUGAGGACAGCCGGCGCAGCUGGGCUAGCAGCAGUUUCGCAGAGAGUGAAAGCGCUCUCACCAGGGUAUCGCCGGGCAGCUACGGAAACAGUCAAGCAUCCCAGAGCGCCUUCCCCGAAGCUCGUCUCCAAUGGGCCCACGAGUAUGAAAGUGGCAGUGACUCAGACACAGACCGACCAGACCCUGAUCUUGUUCUAGAUGACCUGGCCAGCAGGCGUUUCCACAGCCCCUCCCCUGCUCCUCCCACCAACUUCGCUGUACCCAUCAGUCCCCAGGUUGGAGUUAGAGGGGGCAGCUGGCCCAAGGUCACUAUGACUCCCAGCGUUGUCCCCCACAAAACAUGGCCUGCCUCAGCUUGGAGGAGUGAUUUGAGUUGGCAGGACAGCCCUACAAAUCAGUUUUUACCUCCCAGCUUGGUUUUGAGCUUGCAUUGCAGUGGCAUCAACCGAAGGGAAAUGCAGCCCACCCGGCACAGUUCAGUGAGGGUGAACCACCGCCGAGGCGUGUCCACUGACAGGCCGUUCAGGGAGAUAUAUGACACCUCUGAGGAUGAGGAUGAUGAGGUGGGCUAUGCUGACCCUGUCCAAGAUGAUCUCUAUGCCCGUAAGAUGGGUAUCAAACCCCAGCCUACAACCAGUAUAUCUUAUGACAAGUUCUUACCCAAGUUCUGGACACCAGAAGAAGACAUUCACAUACAGAAGAUCAAACUGGGCUCUCAGAGGAGACCCUGGUACAAGAAGAUACAAGGCUUCAGCCAUAAGAAGUCAGGCUCUUCAUCAGAUGACUCAGACUGUGGCAUCAGCCCCUGGCUCUCCUCUGCCCCCUCUCCCUCAGGCCCAUCUCCCUCUCAUUCCCACACACACGAGGCUUCAGCUCACACCACCCUUGUUGUUGGGAAAAGUCCUCAUGUUCAACCACACACUCCUCCCCAGCUUCCAAAGUCCCCUCUCUUAGAGACCCCCCCACAGGCAUUUGCCCCCGUGGACCCCCACCUCAGGUCCCAGACUGGUAAAGGGAAGAAGUGGACACUCUUGGGGCGCCAAGACCCCCGGGAACCCCCGGACCCUAUUGAUUAUGAAAGCAUUGACCCAGACUUGGAGAAUGAUGACAUGUUUGCCAGGCGAACCCUUGCCUUCCAGUCCAACACGAACCUGGCUAAGAUGAAGACUCGGCCGACUGGCAGACAUCGACGCUGCACGUCUGAGCCGCAGCUCAAUAUUGUCACCCAGAAACCCAUUCAUGGGUGCUCCGGGGAAACCGAGUUCCCAGACAUUGAGCAGGAUGAUGUGGUGUAUCGCAGGGAGAAAACCCAGCAGGCACAGCAGCAACGACCACUCUCAGGAGCCCCUGACAACUAUUCCCCAAUGCCCAUCCCAGAGCCUUGGGCUCUGCCUCCUGAACUCAAGGCCAGGACUCCUCUGCCCCCUAACCAAAAUGAAAUUGAUAAGGAGGCACGUCCUGCAACGGAUGACAUGCUAAUUCGGAAGCUCAGAAUUUCCAGUCAGAAGACCCCUUCAGUGCCUUCUUCCUGCAACAAAGAGGAUCCACAAUGGCAGGCAAUCAGGGAAGCCAGUCAGUUAAGAUAUAAGAAAAGGCUCAUGGUGGAGAGGCUAGCUGAAAAACAAGCAGAUAUGGACGGGAGUAAAUCGGUAAGCGAUAUGUAUGUCGACCCUGUGGUCAUCCGGCAGGUUCGCUACGAAGAGCUGCAGAAGUACCGUGAGCAGGUUAAGGAGGGCGAGGAUAAGUGGCAGGAUGCCCUGAGCAACUGGAAAAGCCGACGCCGCAGUGUCAACUCUGAUAUAGUGAAGAAGAAAGAGGAGAGGGAGAAGAUAGAGCAGAUUACUUACGGCAUUGAAAAAAGGUCUAAGACCUUCAAAGAGAUGCAAGAGGAGAGAGAAGGUAAAAAGAACAGCACUGGCAGCCGUCUUGGAUCGCUCUCUUUCUUAGACGACGACGACGACAACGUAUUUGAAAAAGCCGUCAGUGCCCCACAUACCCGACAGCUUCUUGCCAGAAGCUACACAAUUGACACUCUCCAGUCUUCCUAUGAACCUCCCAAACCCUCUGUGAAAGACAGAGAACCUCCCGUUGCUCCCCCAGCUACCGGCGGGGCCGCUUUGCCUUCCACCUCACUGGAUGCUGUGGACAGUCCUGCACACAGCAGCUCCACGAACACAGUCACUCCUAAUAGCCACAGCUCACUUAACCGCUCCCCAUCUCCAGAAGCUGUACCACCGAAGAGGAGUACAGUCUCAGAGCGCACCGACACAGCCAAGAAAGGAGAGGCCACAAGUGUUGUCUCUUCUUCAAGCUCCCCACCAAAGGAGCCUGAGCCAAGGCCUCCAUUGUCGGGCACACAGACUGAGGUGAAGGCCCCCUCCUCUGGCUCUUUGCACACACAAGCACAGCCCAGUUCAAUGGAACCCAAGCCUCCCGCGGUGUCUCAGGUUUCUUCCUCCCUGCCCAGGAGCUACCAGAGAUCGGAUGCCGCACGUCUAACUUCAGUUGUUGCGCCAAGGCCCUUCGGGACUCAGCCCUCACGCAUCACCUCUCUUCCUCGAAGCUUUACUCCUGGACAGAUGGAUGACUCACACAAGCGCAUCAACGGCAAUGUCGAUGUUUCUAAGAAGUCAUCAGUGCCGAGCCGUUAUCAUCAGUUCAUGACCUCUGAGGAUGAAGCUCAGUCUAGCUCAGCACACAGCAGUGAAGAAGAAGAGGAGGAGGAAGAGGUGACUACAGAGAAGAGCAUCACCUCUGCUCAGAGUGUCCCACCUGCCCCUCCUCAGGUCAAGAGUGAAUCUCCUGCUCCAGCCAAAGAAACCAGCCAGGAGAACUACUGUGAGAUGCGGAUCAUCCUGAACCAGAAGCCCAACAGCAGCAGAGACUUUGGCUUCCAGGCAGACUGGGACUCAACAGGAGCUCGUGUCACAUCCAUCCAGCCAGGUAGCCCAGCUCAGAUGUGCCAGCUUCAGACUGGAGACAAGGUGCUGACAGUGAAUGGGCACAAGGUGGCAGACAUGAGCUACACAGAGUGGAAGUCCCACAUGGAGGAGGCUCUGCAGGCGGGCAGUCUGGUCAUGGAUAUAAGGCGUCAUGGCCAGAACAACUGGGACAGAGCUCAACCUUCCCUGCCAUUUAAAAGCCAUAAGACCAUCAAUCUCACCAGUACGGAUCAUCCGAUAUUUGUAGGUUCCCACGAAAAAAACACAGUCAGCUCCAGCCUGGAUUUCUCACUCCAAACGGAAGCGCUGGCAUUCAAAGAGACCCCAGCUCGUCCCGUUACCGAAGUGGCUUCAAACGGAGUUAAUGGAGGUUUCCAACAGGAGCCAGUGACCAUGAGGAACAAGGUAAAGAGCAAAACACACAGUCAGAAAGGUUAUGAAAUUGAUCUCAAUGAUUAUUUCUGGACUAAAUACAAAAAUACACUCAGAACCCAUAUCUUGAAAAACUUAAAGCGGAGGUCAGAGUUUUUUGAACAAGGAGGAUCAGAGUCUGCAAUGCCAGAUAUACCCGUUCCUUCAAUCACGCCUUCUAGCCGCUGGUCUUGGGACCCAGAAGAGGAGCGCAAAAGGCAAGAGAAGUGGCAGAAGGAACAAGAGCGCCUCCUACAGCCUGGGAGCCUGGAGGUGAACAACCACAGCGGCGGCCCACACUCGUCAGUAUCUCCCGUUAACCAGCCCACGUCUCUUCUGUGGGAAGAGGAAGAGCGAAAGAGGAAGGAGGAGCAGGAGCAGGAGCGCCAAGGCACGGAGGAGAGGAGGAAGAGGGAAGAGGAGGAGCGAGAGCUGCAGCGUCUCCAAGAGGAGAGGAUGAGGAAAGAAAGGCAGGAGCAGGAGGAAAGGAAGAGAAGGGAAGAAGAGGAGAGGAGGUUGUUGGAGGCUAGAGAGCAAGAGCGCAGGAGAGGGAGAGAGCCUUUUGAGCAGCAGCAGCAGUGGGCCUCUAGCUCCCUUGGCUUGUCUUAUGCUCAGCCUCCACUGACCUAUACAGACAGGGCAAAAUCCAAAUCUUCUCCCCAGCUUGAUGAAGAGGACAAACCUCAGAGGAAAGUGACAUCAAGCGGAGUCGCUGAUAAGAUGGGCCAGCAGUCGGCAUCGCAGGCUGAGCUGGAGCGGCAGCAGAUCCUCAAUGAGAUGAAGAAGAAGACGUCACUGCUGACAGACAGCAGCUGGAUCCGUCAGCGCUCCUCUGACACGCCUACCAACAAGGAGAGCGACCUGCCACCUAUGCGCAGAGGGGAUUCUCUUGACAACUUGGACACCUCGUACAGCUCGUGGCGCUCAUCGUGGAAACCCAGAAGCAGCUCUUUUGCCCCAAACUACUCUCGGCCUCCCUCUGCCCUUUCCGGCAGCACUUCCUUUUACGGUGGUGGGUCAAGGGCUCAGUGGUCUGGUUCCUCUUCAACUUUACCUUCUUCCUAUUCCAUGGGCUCGCUCCGAAGUGGGGCAGGAACCCCCUCGGCCCCUUGGUCUAGGCAGUCGCCUUCACCUUCCACCUCUUCUCCAUCACCCACCACCUCUCCAACCCAACUCCAGCCCCCGGCUCCUCAGCAGCAAAACAGGUCAGUGAGUGGAAAGAAAAUCUGUACGUUCUGUGACACCCCACUGGGAAAGGGAGCAGCCAUGAUCAUCGAGUCCCUUGGGCUCUGUUAUCAUUUGGGCUGCUUUAAGUGCAUCGACUGUAAGUCUGACCUCGGAGGAUCAGAAGCCGGGGCUGAAGUCAGAAUACGAAACAAACAGCUCUUCUGUAACUCCUGCUACGUGCGAGUCAAAACUGGUCAACCAACAUCUAUGUGAUGUGACUGUACUCCAGCAGAUCGAUGAAGAGACUACUUGUGACAACAACCCUUGAAUUUUAAAGUGAACAUUGAAGCCAUCGCAAAUAACGGAGGCACUUGGUUGGGACAUAUCGCUCUUUCUGACUCUAUUAAAACUCCAGGUGAAACCUCGCUGAGAAUUGUUUUUGGGUUUUUUGGGGGUUUUGUUUUGUUUUUUUUCUUCACUGUGUGAUUGACGGGGAUAAGCUUGCAAGGAAGUUAUCAGCUUUUAUGUUUAUAUCGUAUUAAGUAGCACAACUGUACAAAGUGUAAGGGUUCUGCAUGCACCAGAGUUUUUAAAUGUUUUAGUCGUAAAACUCGUCAAGCAAUUAACUGCCUACCAGAUUCCAGAUGAAAGCUUUUUUUUUUUUUUUUCCCCCUGAACUUCACUUAGAUACUGAGGGGAAAUCCUGAAGGAUCCUCUCCUCAUUUUCAUGCUUCUUUUUCCACCGACUGUUGUGUUAUAAACUCAUGUCAGCCAAGGUAUUACUAUCAUGUCUAUGUGCCUUUUUUAUUUGUAAUUAAGAUUACUAAAAUACUGCAAAAUAUUUACAUUUGUCUCAAGUUUUCAGUGAUGGAGUAUUGUACACAUAAGCAGGUUUCUAUGUAAAGAAUAUACAUCACACUGAUUAGGCAAACAUAACGAUGUAAAUAAAAUUACUAAAUACUCA